GGUUGGUCACGGGAGUUCCGCUCUGUUUCCCCAGCAACUGUCCUCCUUCCCCCCCCCCCCUCCCCCCGGGCGCCGAUCAUGCUGUGUAAGGAGGAACCGUCCCGGCCGCUGGCCGCGACCCCGAGCGCUGCGGCCCGCUACUUCUGCACGGCCAGCCGCGGGCUGGAGCGCUUUCUGGCCGAGGAAGUGCGCGCCAAGCUGGGUGCCUGGGAGGUGGAGCAGAUAUCAGGCAAAGUGUUCUUUACAGUUGAUGCAGAUUUGAAACAGCUAAAGAACCUGAAAUGCGCAGAGCGACUAUUUUUACUGGUGAAAAAGCUGCCCCCAAUCCAGAUGCCAAGCUAUAAAGGUAAAGGAAUUCAUGUAGCUCAGAAGUAUGUGAUGGGAGAACCUAAUAAAUGGCUGGAUGUUGUUUCCAAAUGGCAGUCUCUAUGGAAUCUUGGCAAAGAACAUGAAUGUACUUUGGAGGUUACAGAAACUGGGAUAGAACGGUCAACACAACAGGAGAGCAGCCAAACAACAAAAAGGCCAAGGUUAGAGCUGGAUAAACCUCAUACCACUGCUGUUGAUGCAAGUCUACCAGGACACUAUGAUCCUCAUUCAGUAAAUCAAGGAAGUACUCAGAAUAAUGUGGUGAUGCAGACACCACCUUCACCUGCAAAGCUGCUUAAUCCUAAGAGUGAUGGUGCUGUGUCAUAUAUGCCUUUCAGAGUAUCUUGUCGCUGUAGUGGGAAGAUUGCUAAAAAGUUUACAUCGCAGGAGCUAGGAAGAGCAAUUGGGAUUGCACUCAGCAGAGAACUGGGUUGGAAAGCUGAAUUGAGGAACCCUAUGCUGGAGGUCUAUGUUCAUUUAAAUGAUAUUCACUGUGUGGUUGGAAUUCCUAUUCUAAGACUUCCUUUAGCCAGCAGGGAUUAUAUUAAAAGUGCAGGACUGAGAUCGACAGUGGCUUGGGCCAUGGCCUAUCUUUGUGAUAUCCAGGUUGGCUCACGUGUGCUCGAUCCAAUGUGUGGUUUAGGGACCAUAUUGCUGGAAGCUGCCAAAGAGUGGCCUAAUGCAUAUUAUCAUGGAAUAGACAAUACAGCCAUACAGUUGCAGAUGGCAUCUGUUAAUGUGUGUUUUGCAAAGCUGGAGAGCAACAUUGACUUAACAAGAGCUUCUGUCACAGAGUUACCUUUACUCACAGAAAGCAUUGAUAUAGUCAUCUGUGAUAUUCCAUUUGGAAAAAAAUUUAAGAUUACUCAGGACACCAAAGCAAUGAUGCCCUUUAUCCUCAAAGAGAUGGUGAGGGUGCUACGUGGAGAUGGGACCCUUGUGCUUCUACUUAGCCAAGAACUCUCACUGGAUAUACAGCAAUGGCAGAAACCAAAGAGUCACCAGAGUAAUAAAGGAAAGCUUGCUGUCCAGGAGGAUGGAAAUCCUUUACCAACAAAACAAAGUUCAGAACCAAUUGAAAAUGUUGACGUGAAGGACUUAGCAGUAGCCAAAAAUGAGCAAUCUGAAGUUAAAACAGAAGUUUUGGCCUCUCUGAUACCAGAGGGUAUCUUCCCAGUCAGUCUUGGUGUAACAGAAGCCUCUAUACACAGGUACAAGAAAAUCCCUAUAACAUGAAUGAAAGCACUGACAUAGGUGCAGAAUACAAUGCAAGAAUCCAAAGUGAGCAGAAGUCUUCAAAAAGAUAAAACUAGUAAUUUCUUGGAACCAUCAUGUUAAAUUGUAGCCUGAUCUCCAGAUGAACAAUAAGCAUGGGGAUGAUGAGUGUGAACCCUGGAUUAAAACAGUGUUCAGCUUCGAUCAAUAUCUUCAGAAACCAAAUGUAAAUCAGAGGUUGGUGGGGAAUAUGACCUUGAAUAAUGCCUAACUUGCAUCUGUUAAGAUUGCUUAUGGUAUAAGGUGAAAUAGAAGGUAACAAUCAGCAUGCUGCUAUGAUUUUAACCGCAAAUGGAUCUUCCAAUUUUAUCAGGUGACUAUCAUUGAAAACCUAUCAAUGAAAGUUCAGCCAUGCACAGGCCUGUUCAGUCCAUAGUCACCAAUGUUGUACUCUAUGAUCAGUAGUGUUGCAGUUCCAUAUUGGGGUAUGAGGCAAGAAAAUGCUAGACAAACAGAUUGAAUCUAAAUAAAUUUAUUUUUAUAUUUUCAAUUUUCUCUGAUAUUGUUUUAAUAUCUUAAUGUGGAACCUGAAAUUUUAGAGCCCUGUGAGUAAAUGUUCCUUGAACUGCUGGCAGUCUGAGGGGUUAAAUUAUAUGGUAGAAUAUUGAGACAGAAAGUAGUCACAACCAGCAUAAAUUUCAUGCAUGGUAACUUAAUGUGAGAAUUGCAUUGAACAACACAGAUUUCUUUUUGAAUGAAGAGAAAAUGUAUUGAAUCAGCUUUUAAUUUUUGAAAUAGAAGAUUACCUAAUGUUUAUGAAUGACUAGACACGUUAUCACAAUUAGAUAAUUUGUUUUCAUUUUGUCAGACAUUUGUACAAUUUUAAUACCCAAAUAUAGUUUUUAACACUUAGUAUUUUAUGAAUAAAGGUACAAAGAUUUU